AAAUUCCUCAGUUUCAUCGUUGGUCUGAUAGCAGCAAGAGGAUUCAUUCAACCCCCUUCAUUUCCUGCGGAACGAAUCGUCGAGGGGGAAUCGUUUCUGCUGAAUCUCACCAGUAAUCCCAGUGCACCGUCACUCCGAAUCCUGGAACACACCAUAACACCGCACGAUGUGAGUCUGGAACAGCUAAAGCUCACAGGACGGUAUGUUCUGCUGGCCCCCGAGGAAGACAAUCUGUACUUUGUUGGAUUCGAGCAAACCGUGAACAAGAACACUGCAGCCAAGGAAAUUAUUUCAGACUUGAUACAGAAACAUGCCAUUACAAGUGUGUACAAAGUAAAGAGAACGCAUAUUUCACAACCGAUGGGGAAGGUUUGAUGUAACGACUCGAAAUGAAGGAAUAAAACGAAGUCAAAAGGAUUCACAUAGAAAAAAUUCAAUGCUGCUGAACCAAAGGAUUGUGUAUUGAGCUCCGCUGUUAUCUCGACAAGAUGUCAAAGUUUAUCAUUUUCGCGGUAAUCAUCUGUACCUCCGUCAGUUGUCUUCUGGCGGUGCCAGUCCAAGAGGCCAGAUACCAGCCCUCGGAUGUCCAGAUCGUCCGCUACGAGAACGAUCACAAUCCGCAGGAGAAUUAUCAGUUUCGCUACGCGCUAAGCGAUGACCAGACACGCGACGAAGUUGGAACGCUGAAGGACGGCCAAGAUGCCGAGGGUAACGCUGUGCGCUUCUAUGUGGUACGAGGGGCCUACUCUUACGUGGGACCCGAUGGCCAGACGCACUGGGUUCACUAUACGGCCGACGAGACCGGAUUCCAUCCACGCACCGGAACUGGACCGGAACCGGACAGGAAGUUUUAGAAGCGUGUUUACGUGUUGUUGGAUGCAAUGACCUUAGCGAAUCUUGGAAGACUGGACUUGGAAAUAGAGAUGUUGUAAAUCUGUCCCAUUGAUUGAAUACCUCAACUCUCUUUACAUGAGCAUUGGAAAAAAAACGCGUGAUCAUACUUCGACUAACGAGCUCAACCUAAUAGUGAUAUGGAGGAUAUCCGAAAAUUAAA